AUGGACAGGAUCCCCAAGUUUAGGCGCAAACCGAAGAACCCCACGAUCGAAACCGCUGUCGAGCGCUCCAGCAGCGACACCGUUGAUAGUAUUGCCAGCUCCGAACUACAAGCACAAGCAGCAAACCUCCAAUCGCAAACACAGGGACAACAGGUUCCAACUCCAAAAUCCAAACUCUCCAAGAGAGCCGCUUUUCGAAACUUCCGUUUGCGCAGCUCCACAAAGAGAGCGCGCGACAGCCCACCCGUCGAGCUGCCUUCCAGUCCUCCCCCCGCCGUCGUGAGCCACGACGGCGUCAAAAGUCGACCCGUCACGGCCGAAGACGAUGCGCUGGGCAACCACAGGGGAACCGGGCUCCGAAUUCCUGCCUUUUUGGAAUCAUCGAUGCAGGAUAUCGAUUUCAAAUUCCACGAGUUGAUGUGGGCCGAGCGAAACCGAGUCUUAGAGGGCAUAAAGAAUGAUGGAGAGGAAGACUUCAAAUGGGGUACUUUUAAGCAGGUUGAUAUCCAGGAGAAAGGCUCAAUGGAUCGCUACAUCAACAUCAAGCCUUGGAACCAUAACCGAAUCAAGCUUCAGGUGCCCGAGGAUGAGCUGGACUACGUCAACGCCUCUGAUAUCACUCUUAUCUCGCCCUCGGAUCCGAGCAGGGAUCCAUUACGGUAUAUCGCUAUGCAAGGUCCGACUCAGCCUUCGAUUGACUACGUCUGGCGCAUGAUUGCCGAGCAGAUGUCUUCCCCUGCUGUCAUCGUGCAGCUGACAACCAUGGCAGAAGGCGGCGCUGUCAAAUGCCACCAAUAUUUCCCCGAUGAUCAGAACCAGCCUUGUUGGACUCUGAACGAACAUGAUGCGUGGAACGAUGACUGGCAGGCCCAGAUCACGUACGACUCAUAUGAGGAACUCGCCGAUGGUGCUAUUGAAAAGCGUAAGUUACUUAUGAAGCUCAGUGGCGAGGAAGAAACUCGAGUCGUGUGGCACCUCCUCUAUCGGCGAUGGCCUGACUUUGGAGUGCCCGAACUGGAGGAUCUUGACAGCUUCUUUGAACUUAUGCGGCUCUCCCGCGAACUAAGCGCACCUACGAAUCCACGAAUAAUUCACUGUAGUGCCGGUGUUGGUCGAACUGGCACUUUUAUCACACUUGAGCAUCUGAUGCGUGAGCUUGAGCUGGGCACUUUUGAGAAUUACGACGAACCUGAGGAAGGGCCAGACUUGGUUUUCGAGACGGUCGAUCUUCUUCGGGAGCAGCGCGUUGGUAUGGUUCAGGGCCGUCCCCAGUUUCUCUUCAUUUACCAAGUUAUGAGGAAAUUAUGGCAGGAUAAAUAUGGCGUCGAUGAAGAUGGCAACGAGCCUGCAGCUAAGAGGUUGGAGGUGGGCGAUCCAUUCAUUGAUGACUCGCUUUCCAGCUCUGCGCAAGGUAAAGAUAGUGCUGGUGUUGACAAUUGA